AUGUCACAAUCUAUUCACUCGGUCGCUUCUGAGAUUGUCUAUGAACACAAUAGACAUAUUGUUCAUCCACCUAAAUUCACUUCCAUUGCAAUAAAGAAAUACUUCAAGACAAGAAUUACAUCUUUAUGGGUGGGAAGAGAAGAGUUACGCCAAUACUCAUGGAAUGAGCUUCUUAACCCUUUCCAAGCUUUGACUGAGAUGAACUUGCACCAGUGGAAUUUCUUUUUGCUAGGAUUCUGGGGUUGGACAUGGGAUGCUUUUGAUUUCUUUGUCACCAGUUUAAACGUCACCAACAUUGCUGUUGAUCUAGGCGUCUCAACCAAGGACGUAACUUGGGGUAUUACUUUGGUUUUGAUGUUUCGUACCGUUGGUGCUGUUAUUUUCGGUGCCAUGGGUGAUACAUUUGGUAGAAAAUGGCCCUUUAUUUUCAACAUGGUUUUGCUUAUGGUGAUUCAAAUAGGAACCGGGUUUGUCACCACAUAUCUGCAAUUUCUUGGUGUUAGAUCGUUGUUUGGUAUUGCCAUGGGAGGUAUCUAUGGCAAUUGUGCUGCUGAAGCCCUUGGAGAUGCACCAAAGAAAGCAAGAGGCAUAUUAUCGGGUAUUUUCCAAGAAGGGUAUGCUUUUGGGUAUUUGUUGGCGGUGUGUUUCCAAAGGGCUUUUGAAAUGACUGAUAGAACUUGGCAAAAUAUGUUUUUCUUCUCUGCUGGUGUGCCAGUUAUUUUCAUCAUUUGGAGAUUCAUCAAUCCUGAAACCAAUGACUAUCAACGCUUAAAGGAGAGAUUUAAGAAGGGUGCAAUCCAGAAGGAUUCUAAAAUGGCUGAAUUCAAAAGUGAAGCUAAAAGAGCCAUGAAAUCUUAUUGGUUGAUUAUCAUCUAUUUAGUGUUUAUGAUGGCUGGGUUUAACUUCUCCUCCCACGGGUCACAAGAUUUAUAUCCUACUAUGUUGACUCAAGAAUACAACUUUGGACAUGACAGGUCCACUGUGGUUAAUGUGUGUGCGAAUCUAGGAGCGAUUGUUGGUGGUAUGUUAAUUUCCCAUGCUUCAACUUUUAUUGGCAGACGUGCGGCAAUUUUAAUUGGUAACUUUACUGCAGGAGCAUUUAUUUACCCAUGGGCAUUUAAACCAAUGUGGGUUACUGCAUUCUUUAUGCAAUUUGGUAUUCAAGGUUCUUGGUCAGUGGUUCCGAUCCACUUGAAUGAAUUGGCACCACCUCAAUUUAAGUCCUUUGUUGUUGGUGUUUCUUAUCAAUUGGGUAACUUGAUCAGUUCGGCUAGUGCUACUAUCGAAGCUUCAAUGAAUGAGACCUUGAAUGAUUAUGGAAAGACCAUGGCUAUUUUCUUGGGUGCUAUCUUGGCUUAUUUGAUUCCAGUGGUGUUUAUAGGCCCAGAGAAUAGAGGAGCUGAUUUGGGUGUUGAAAGGGAUGAUGAAAUGAGCAUUUACGAUGUUGAAGGGAUGGGGGAAGAUGAUAAAGACUCAACUUCAAAGGAUGAUGUAGGACCGGAACUGUCGAGGGGGGAAAGAGGUAGAGAAGAUAAACGUGGUGAAGAUGAAAUCAAAGUCGUUUAA